UUAUUAAUAGUGUGGGAAGCUGAGAAGAAUAUGAGGAAGUCGUCGUUUGGUGGAGGAAGGCCGUCUUUGGCAUCAGGGGCUCCACUCCGAGUCCGUCACGAAAACAGCAACACGAGUCAACGCGGUGGACGGAAGUCAACUCAGGGAAAAGACAAAACAAAGAGUAGGAGUUUGUCAUUUGCACCACGAAGUUCCAUUGGUGUGAGCAGUUACAAGCCUGGAGGAAGUCAGUUGUCUUUUUUGCCUAAAUCGGGACGUCCUUCAAGUGGAAUUGGAGUUCGUGGGAGGACAGAUGUUCCGAAAGAUCCACGUCCCAUUUCUGACAAAAAGUACCACAAUCAAUGUAUAAGGCAGUUACUAGAGUUUCUUAUGGCCAACAACUAUCCUCAUGCUGUCUCGCAAAAACUGUUGGUUUCUCCAACAAGCAAGGACUUCUUCAAGAUUUUUGCUUUUAUCUACAGCAAGCUUCAUCCUGGCUACAAGAUGGCUACAAAGAUGGAGGAAGAGGUGCCUCGGGUGCUCAAGAUGAUGGCAUACCCUUUCAGUUUGUCGAAGACGUACCUUUACUCUGUGGGGAGUCCUCAUACCUGGCCACACUUGCUUGGUGCUCUCAUUUGGAUGCUCGAUCUCAUCGAGAUGGCAGGUAACAUCCCCAGUCAAGGAGGAAUUGAUGCAUUUAUAUUUGGGGAUGCCAAUGGAGAGGAGUUUGAUGUGAAGUCAGAAGAUCAGACUGUAUACGAGUAUUGUGAGGGAACCUAUGCUGCUUUCAUGCGUGGAGCAGACACAUUUGAAGAGUUUGACAAUGACUUACGCAUUCUACUUAAGCAGAAGUAUCAGGGUGAAAACAUGGAGUCUAUGGUUGAGGAAAACCGUAGGUUGGAGAGUGAGUUGGAGCUUGUGGAGCAAAAUGAGGAGUGGAUUCUGAAGCUUCGUGAGGGAAUUGCCUGCCUCAAGCAGGAUGAGCAGACCACGUUACAGUACUUGGAAAACCUGGAAAAGUUCAAGAGAUCCGUGAGCACAGAGCUCAGCGAGUGCGAAGAGUCGUGCAAAAUGCUGAGCUCUGAUCUGGAGUCCGAGAAAGCGCGUGUGGCGGAGAUGCAGAUGAUCUACCAGUGCCAGGACCUGACCCCCUCCGACGUGGACCGUCUCAAGGCUGAGCAAGCUCGUCUGCGUCUGCAGGUGGAGAUGGUGCAAAAGCAAGUGGAGGAAAUUGAUGCGGAUAACUGGAAGGUGUCCAUGGAUAUGUCCAACGUCAAUGAAAAGGUUGAGAAUGAAGUGGCAACAUAUAACAGACUAGCCAUCGUGUUGAAACUGGUGCCCGAGACUGCAGAACUUGCCAACGGCAUCGACUUCCGGCUGUUUGCUGGCUUCAGUGCUGAUAUUGUAGGCAAAUUUGAAAGCACCAUCAAGCCGAUGCUCAAAUCCAUUAAGAACGAGUGCAUGGAAGAGGCGCGGAGGAAGGACAAGGAAAUGUUCCAGCUGCAAUGUGAAUUGGAGAAGUUGGAAGAGUCUGUGCACGAACAAACGGAGCAAAUGGUUCAACAGGAGAAAAAGUUGGCAAGCCUGGAGGGAGAAAUCAACUCUGUCAAACAGAUGAUCCAUUCGGACAAAAAGUCAGUCUCCAGUGAGAUGGAGUCGGUGCAACAAGAUCUGGCACAGCGUGAAUCUGAAAGAGCCGCACUCGAGGCGGCUAGGACAGAAGCGGAGAAGGACUAUAAGGAGGCACACCGUCUGCUUGAAGGGAGGAGGCAGGAGGCCAGCAAGGAGCUAAGUGACUUACAAGAGCUGAAGAAAAAAGUCACCGAAGCCGUCACAGCUCACAAGGAGAUUUUUAAGAACCAGAUGGCAAUGUUUGUCCGACGUCUGGAAACUGUGGACAGAGAGAUGGACCAAAGACUGGACAGGCUAAAGGAGGAGGCUCACAUCAGAGACAAACAAUUGUCGCAGACCCUAGCGAGACUUCAGUGAACUGACCUUGACCGUUACGUCCCUCCCCUUUCAAUCCUAUGUGUGGCAAUGUACAUAGAGUCUGUUAUCAUCCUCACUGUGAAUAUUUAUCACCAUUUCUCACUUUGGUCAUUUGAUGUGUACUGUUGUUGAAAUGUACUGAAUCCAUGUUAUGUACCAUACUGUGUUCUGCCUUCUACUCUCUUUCUUGGGGUAUGAUUGUCUUUGUUGCCAGUCGUUAGUGUAUAUUGAUAAUGGUCCAUGUUGUUUUUCAUGGCUUGUGAAAAAAAAAUUUCCUUUUUUCUUAACUCGUCACCUUUUUUAGAAUUAGAAAUUUGAUGCGGCAUUUUACACCAUUUGGUAACAAAGCGGUAGUCCAUUGCAUAGAGAACGUGUCUGUAUCGGUGCUUUGCCGCCAUGUGAGAAAGAUGGGAGUUGACUUCUUGUGUAGAAAGAUUUUUUUUAUUGAAUAUCUUCUCCAUCUCUGACUUAGGACCUUGUGUCCUUAUCAGCCUGGUUUGGCCCUGACAAGUAAGGCAGAAGCCACCCGUCUCCUCCUGUAAAAUUUAGAUAAUGUCGAUGGGGGCUAAAAACACCCACAAUUGCAAAAAUUGCAGAGAAUGCGGUUGUGGGUCCGUUUUAAAUUUUCCGAAAACUGACAUGGACUGUUAUCGAAACUCACUGACUGACAAAGUAGGACCAAUCGUCCUCAAGGUUGGUCCAGUUUCAUUCAUGAUCUGCCUCAGUGUACAUAGGAAAACAUAAUAGAUAAGCCUUACUUUCAGAGGACCGGGGAAGAGUGACUGUAUUUUCAAUAACGGGAAAAAGAUCUGUCUGUGGAACAGAGACUGCCCAACGAAUACCUCCUCAUGUUGAUAUUGAUCAAGAUGUACUCUUUUUUUGUUGAGUUUUGCAGCUGACAUUAAAAUAGACUCAAUAUUUUUCCCUCUUGCGUUUUCAGGUGUGCGACUGAAUAUAGACUCAAUAUCUUACCCUCAGCAUUUUCAGACUUAAGACUGCGCUGGUAGCAUUUUUUUAAAAAAUCGUCCUUACAGAUUAACCCUUUCCCUGGCAACAUAUUUACACACCUUUGACUAGCAACUGGAUGUAAUACACCUUUGACUGAUAUAGUAAAAUAUUUACUUACAACCACUGUGUCUAAGUUUGGGAAAAGGGUGAGGGGCAUAUUAUAUUCGUAUAUUUUUGUGUUGAGAUUUUAUGGGUUGGAAUUUGCCAAAAAAUGUAAAAAAAUAAUCAACUUCCUUCUUCAGUACGAUUAGCCAUAAUAGGCCUACCAAGUUUACCUGUAAUACAGAAAUGUAGUAAAAAUGUAGUCUCUGUUCUCCGGUAACGAAGAUGUAGUCUAAUCUCUCUUCCCCCGGUACGACCCUUACUUUGACUGCCCUUCAAUGUUUUUCUUUAUUCUACUGGUUUUGAAAUGGUGGCCAAUAGUUCUCAUACAAUUGUUUAUUACAUUACUAUUCAUGUGUAUGGCUUAACUUUUUUUCAAUACUCUGGCCAUCAGUGUCUCAAAAAGUGUUGGCUUGUUUUCAUAUUUUUACCUUUAUCUGAGCGUCUAUCCUGUUUCCCUCAUUACACUCCUCUGUCUCCCUGCCAGUUGUCUGUAUUCUUGCUUCUUACUUUUAUAAGUGUGUAGAAGAAGAAACUGCUCUGUUUCAGCCACAAGAAAUGGACUUUCAGAGAUUCCAGUCCUCAACUGCUGUCAUCUUGACACAUCCAUGGGGGCUUGUGUGAUUGGAUUUUACCCAGAGAAAAAUCUUAUUCCUCUCAAUGAGUUGUAUCCUUGGGAAAGGCACUGUAUACGAAUUUUCCUUACUUCACCCAGGUGGGAGUUUGCAGCGAAAGAUCUUGUCAGUAUUUUAAUGCCUUUAAUUAAAUAGCAGCUUGCACUGUAUGCUUCCCAGGAAGUUGAGAUUUUUUGUGUGCUAUCAGGUCUGCUGUGGUAAUAGUAUAGAGUGUAAAGCUCAUGGAGCUUGCUGCUGAGUGGGAAUUUCCACUAUACAUGCUCUAUUAUUAUUAUUACUAUUAUUAAAUACAAAUUUUCAAUCCAUCUACCAAAAUCUUUCUUUACAGUUACUGCAUUAAAACAUCAUGUGUACAGUGUUUUUCCCACACCUGUACCUUGUAACACUGAUGUACUUUUUGACCCUGUAUUUUACAACCCAGAACUACAAUCACUCCAUAAUUAGAAAGCCCAUAUUUUGUCAUCAUGCAAGCAGUUUUUUGUUCUGUCCUUCUAACAGCCUCGGGUUUCUUGGGAAUACACUAUAUGUCUAUAUUUUCCUGCAAUAAAGGUCCAGGUGCUAUUGCACUUUCAACUCUCA